GAGACUCAUCGAAUCUGCCCUUUGAAGAACACAGAUAUCCUCGCAGUUGUAGUAMUGUAUCCGUUGCACUCUUUCGCAGAUUAACGGCAAUUCGACGACCAAAGUAGAAAACAAACGAACUUACUAACAAAAGGAACCGAAAGGCAAACAGCAACAACUAUACAGUAAUGACAGCGUCAGUAUCAACAUCCAUACUUCGAACUACCAACAUUGAAAUGGAAUCAUCGAAUUGUCCGAAUAAAAUUUUUAUAUCGUUUGCAUCCGACAAGCACUACGAGAGCAAGCACCCCGUCAAGGAUUGCGGCGAUUGCAGUAACGGAAGUGUCGACACAAACAGCACCAGUUUCUCCAGCGGCAGCGGCAGUUCCUUGCAAUUACGAGUGGACACAAAACCAAAUAUAAACAUCCAAUACAUUAACAGCACCCGAAGCAUCCUCCGCAAUUCUAGAAGCAGCAAACGACCAUUGAAUGUAUCCUUUUCGGAGAAUAUUGCAACAGUCCACGUCGUUGACAAUCUAAAGCUCUCCUUGACGAGGAAGGAGCGAAAAAGGAUAUGGGGAUCACCAGCACUCGGACUUUUCGACCUGGCAGAGCUCUAUUACGAAGAUGACGAAGAGGAUAAAGAUGACGAUUAUUCUAUGGAGUCCCGACUGCGCAAGUUCUUUGGCAAUCUCUCUUCUCAAGGUGACAACGAAACGGAUCAAAAGGACAAGGAAAACACGAAAGAAUCAAAAGGCCAGGAGCACUCGAUAAGCCCRAMACMAUCAAAACUCCGAUCUCUCAAAUCGCAUAUGUGUCUUCGGGGGAUCAGAAAAACGAAAAAGAUUGCGAUYGAUCCAUUUCGAUCGAAAAAUUGAACUUGACUKCAAUCGUACACAAGGGUUCKKAUUGRAGACGAUGGGGAUCCAUCACAACCAAAUAUUACGUUCGAAAUCAAUACKAMUUGUUCUU